AAAACAAGCAAACAACAAAUUCUCCUCGAAUAUAUUCUCACCUUAAAUCUCCUUCUUCGUCACAUUCUGCGGCUUCCCCUUGCCUUUUUCCUCCACUCCACUAUUUCUUCUAUCCCGAUCCAAUUAAUGGCGGAAGCAGACGACAGCAUAGCCCGUGCUCUCUCCCCCUUCCUCCGCAUCCACAAGGAUGGUCGCGUGGAGCGGCUCAUGGGCACAGACAGGGUCCCCCCAUCCAUGGACCCCGCUAGCCCGGUCCUAUCCAAGGAUGUCGUGGUCUCCCCCGAGCCUGCCAUCUCGGUCAGGCUCUACCUUCCGAACAGCCCAUCGCCCUCGUCCCCGAAGCUCCCAGUCCUCGUCUACUUCCACGGGGGAGGAUUCGUCAUUGAGACCACCGAGUCUCCAACCUACCACAACUACCUCAGCGCCCUCGCGGCAGAGGCCAGGGUGGUAGUCGUCUCGGUGGAGUACCGGCGGGCACCUGAGCACCCACUCCCGGCAGCGUACGAUGAUUCCUGGGCUGCUAUCAAGUGGGUCGGGGCCCAUUCUAGCGGGCAAGGCCAUGAGGGAUGGUUGAAUGACCAUGCCGACCUGACGAGGGUGUACUUUGGUGGGGACAGUGCCGGGGCGAACAUUGCUCACCACAUGGGACUUCGAUUCGGGGAGAUCGAGUCAAGCAACGGAACGGGAAUUGGGAUUGACCUUGCGGGGUUGAUCCUUGUGCACCCGUAUUUCUGGGGGGAUGAUCCACUGCCCGAAGAAGCGACGGAGCCCGAGAGGCGGGCCCUACUAGAGGGCCUGUGGAGGCUUGCGAAUCCAACCGCAACGGGCUGUGACGACCCGCAUAUCAACCCUGCGAAGGACCCGGGACUCUUGAAGAUGGGGUGCUCGAGGGUUUUGGUCUGCGUCGCGGAGGAGGACCCGGGGAGACAGAGAGGGUGGCACUACAAGGAGGUUAUGGAGAAGUGCGGAUGGAAGGGAGAGGUUGAGGUGACGGAAGCAAAGGGAGAGGGCCAUGUCUUCCAUCUAAUGAAUCCCGCCUCUGAGAAUUCUGUUGCUAUGAUGAAGAGGUUGGUCAAGUUCAUGAAUAAUCAAUAAGAAAAAGACCAAUUAGAAAUCUAAAAUAAGUGUAUUCGCGAUCAGUUGGUCCGACUUAAUAUAGUUUCUCUUUCAUUUAGCACGUUAAACCGUAAAACAAUAUGUACUAUUAUGACCUGAGAUUGAAGGAAUUACUGACAUAUCGAGUCCCUUUUACUGUUUUAUGUCAAA